CAGAAAUUUGCAUUGUACAAAUAUAUUAGAUAUUAAUCUGUGUAAUGCAGUUUUAUUAUUUGAGAAAUAACUGUCAAAAAACUGAUAAAACAUACAAACAAUAUUUUUUCUACGUUUCAAGGAGAAAUGCAUGAAAAAUAAUCCUAAAUUGCCUGAUUAUAUAAAUGAAGGAAUUGAAAAUGGUCAAAUCAUGUAAUUUAUGUAAUAUACAAAUGGACAUUCCCUGAAUCCUGGGACCCUUUUUGGAAAGAGACCAAAGAAUACUUUCACUUAAUGGACAUUUCUGCUCUGACAAACGCUUUGGUUCCAUGAUUCCUUGCUAAGAGAAGGUUUGAUUAUAUGUGUAUAUUGCAUUUAGAUUUCUUUUUUUGCUGUGGAAGUUUAAAAUUUUUAUGUGACAUUUUACACAGCGUAAUAACUUUUAACAACUUUAAUUUUUAGUUUUCCAUUGCAACAGAAGCUAUAAAGGUCCAAAUAGUUCAGAAUUUACUGAUGUGACCACCGAGUUCUACUCUUCAAGUCUGGAAAAAAGAACUGAAUCAUUUUGUUCUUUUUUUAUUUGCCAGUUUUGUUCUAAGAAAAGCAAUAAGAAGUCUGAUAUGCUACGUCAUCUUCGCAAGCAUACUGGUGAAAAACCAUUUAAAUGUGAUAUUUGUUUGCAGAGUUUUACACGUAAUGAGAAUCUGAAGAAUCACAUUAUCUUUCGUCAUAGAUAUACAUAUGAAAGAUGUUCACGUUCAAUGGAAAAUAUUCCAAAGAAAUAUCAUUGCAAGAUAUGCCCAUAUUCAUCUAACGAUGGAUCAAAUUACAAAAGACAUAAAAUGGUGCACACACAAGAACGUCCUUAUGUUUGUCCUUUAGUUUUGAUAUCUUAUUUUGUUCCAGCCCUGUUUAUUCAGAAAUUUGGAGAAUAUCAUUCUGAAAAUAUUUCAAGUCAAGAGAAUUAUAACAUCCAAACAAAAGACUCAUCAACAUUUAGGAAUCGAAAUGUGCAACAUCAACGUUCAUUCAUAUGUAAAUUUUGUACAAAAGUAUUUAAACGUAAAUUUAAUUUAGAAGUUCACACUCGUAUUCACACUGGUGAGAAACCAUAUAAGUGUUCAUUAUGCAAUUAUUGCUGCUCAUUUAACUAUUCUUUAAAGUAUCAUAUUGAAUCACGUCAUUAUGGUGUUGAUACAAGAGCAGAAACAUUUCAAGACAAUUUUCCUGAAAAUUAAUUUAAUGCUCCUGUUAAAUAAUCUCAUUUCAUUUAGCAAUAUCUGAAAUUAUUAACUUGAUUUAUGUAUGUUUAACUGAGCUAAAUUUGUUCAAUGUCUACUGAAUGAUAUUCUGGACUUAAAAAGAGCAGUGUAAUUUUGUGUUAAUGGGACUGCAUUUCACGUGUUUGUGUUGAAUGGUUUUUUGAACGAUUGUAAACUGUGAUAUUUUCUUUUUCAUUUAAUGCAAGAAUGCAUUAUUAUACGAGGGCUAUCCAGAAAGUAGAUUACGUUUUGGAAUAAAAAAAUAAACAAAGUAUAGGAAACAAAUUUUAUUAUA